UAUAGCUUUGAUGGAGUUCUAGCAAUUGGCCUGCUAAUAAUCUGUACUUGUGCUUACAUGAGACAUAUUCCUAAACUCCGAGAAUGGCUAUUAACGGAGAAGAAAGGUCUGAUGGGUGUUCUUUACAAAGCUUCAAUUAUUGGCACAAGGCUACAUUGGAUGGUGUCCCUUAGUUGUAUAGCAAUGUCGCUAUAUAUUUUGAUACUGAAAUAG